GAAUAAUAGUACUUAAAAAAACGCAGCAACAGAGAGAGGUGUCUCCUCUCUCUCUCUACCUCCAUCUCCUCGAGAUCGACAUGCCACGCUCACGAGUUCUUCUUGAGUGGAUCAAUGGAGAUGUGUUGCUGCUGAGCUGAGCAGAGUGUGUGUAGAAUGAUGGGAGCCCUGCAGCAGCAGAGCAAUGGCCAUGGCCAUGGCGUCCUCCUCCUCGCUGAGGCUGGCUAUGCCGAGGUUGAUCCCACUGGAAGAUAUGGCAGAUUCAAUGAGAUUCUUGGCAAGGGAUCGUCAAAGAUUGUGUAUAGGGGGUUCGAUGAGUGGAGGGGAGUGGAGGUGGCGUGGAACCAGGUGCGGCUGCGCGACGUCGUGCGGGGCGGCGGCGAGCUGGAGCGGUUCUACGGCGAGGUCCACCUCCUCGCCGCGCUCCGCCACCGCGGCAUCGUGCGCCUCCACGCCUACUGGGUGGACGCGCCGCGCCGCGCCCUCAACUUCGUCACCGAGCUCUUCGUCUCCGGCACGCUCCGCCAGUACAGGGAGAGGCACCGGCGGGUGAGCGCGGCGGCGGUGCGGCGCUGGUGCGCGCAGAUCCUCGACGGCCUCGCCUACCUCCACGCCCACUCGCCGCCCAUCAUCCAUCGCGACCUCAAGUGCGACAACAUCUUCGUCAACGGCAACCAGGGCGAGGUCAAGAUCGGCGACCUCGGCCUCGCCGCGUUCCGCCGCGGCGGCGGCCACGCCCGCUGCGUCGGCACGCCGGAGUUCAUGGCUCCCGAGGUGUACGACGAGUCCUACGACGAGCUCGCCGACGUCUACUCCUUCGGCAUGUGCGUCCUCGAGAUGGUCACCCUCGAUUACCCCUACAGCGAGUGCUCCAAUCCCAUCCAAAUCUACAAGCGAGUCAUCUCCGGGAUCAAGCCCGCGGCGUUGUACAGGGUGAGCGACCCGGUGGUGAGGCAAUUCAUCGAACGGUGCCUCGCCCCGGCGGCGCGGCGGCCGGCGGCGAGGGAGCUGCUCGACGACCCGUUCCUGCUGCCGCUUGAGGAUGAUGGCUUCUUCUCCGGCGACGGCGGCGAUGGACAUGGCGGUUUUGGCGUUGGCUACUACAAUCUGAUGUACAACUACCUGCACCAGCCUGCUUGCAUCGACGACCACCAUGCCUGCAGCAAUGGCGGCUUGUCGCCGUCGAAUAGCGUCGGCGACAACGACGUGGACGCGGCCGUGCAGCGGGGGGACGACGACGGUGACAACUGGCUCCGCGACAUCCACAUGCUGUUCGACGAGGACGACGACGACGCCGCCGCCGCCGACGCCAACGAGCGUGUCGGUGGCGUGGACAUCACCAUCAAGGGGAGGAGGACGGACGACGGCGGCGUCUACCUCGGCCUGCGCAUCGCCGACAAGAACGGCACAGGGCGUGGCCGGAUAAUCUGCUUCCGGUUCGACACCGAGGCCGACACGGCGAUGACCGUGGCGGCGGAGAUGGUCGCCGAGCUGGACAUCACCGACCACGAGGUGACUCGCAUCGCCCAGCUGAUCGACGGCAAGGUCGCCGCGCUGGUGCCGGGCUGGAGGCCGGGUCCAGCGACGGACGACGACGACGACGACGAUCUCGUCGGCGGCGGCGAUGAUCCGGACGCGCCGGGCGGCGCCGCCGCCGCCUGCUGCAAGAACUGCCGGCCGGCGGCGUCGUCGUCGUCGUCCUGCGGCUCGCUCGUCGACUUCAUGUCAUCGGCGGCGGCGGCGGAGCGCCAUGGCUGCAGGCGGUGCGCCGAGCUGCACGGCCGGUUUGAGGAGAUCACGUUCCAAGCCGACGACGACGAAGAGGAGCAGCAUUUGCAGGGGAGCUCCUCUGACACCGGAGGCAGCAACCAUGAGCAGCACGCCAUGGGCAAGGACAAGGAGGUCAUGAACAUCAAUGGCAUUGCACAAGAUGGCACAGUACAAGGUUCAGAACAGCCAUGAUCAGUAAUUCAGUAUGAUGAUGAUGAACAUCCGAAGAUCGAGCAAUUCGACGCUGAUAGGCGAUACGGAUCGGCGAUGUUUACAACCAUUGAUGGGUUCUUGGAUUUGAGCAAUGGCGCGAGUCGGUGCCGCCACCAUGAUCAUGACCAUGGUAGCUCAAAGGAUUCAUGAUCAUUGUGAGGGGGAAUUGCUCAUUGUGAGGGGGAAUUGCUGACAGCAAUCUCGAUCAGCCGCUGCUCACUUUCAGAGGUUACCUUGCCGACACAUUGCAAGAGCAACAAAGUCUGUACUGUUGAACAAUGCUACUGACGUUCGACAUGCCCUUCUGACAAAGUAAAUCUACAGUUUCAAGAUUGGAUUUGCUCGUCUUUUUUUCAGAGAUUUAGCAUAUAUUGUAGGGAAGAAACUGAAAGAUGUAGUAUAACGUUUUGUGACUGUGCUAUGAAUCUGAAGAAGAUAGGGUACAGUUUAGGUAGGCCAAGUGCAAUUACUUCCAAUCUUCAUUGGCUUCAGUUAGUUACAUGCAUGGCUGUAUCUAGCAUUCUCUGACCAUAAAUCAGUAGUGCAAGAAAGUGCAAUCAGGAAAGAUGCAUAUGUUUUUCAUUCAUAUUUGGUACGUCUCUUAUUCAAAGAAGAAAUAUUAGGGUGGCAUUCUUAUCCAA